AUGUUGAAACCACGAGAUAGCCGAAAGUUUGACAUAGUAUUAUUCGGCGCGACUGGUUUCACUGGGAAAGAAGUGGCUGAAUAUCUCGCCCUCUAUGGACCGCAAGGCAUGAGGUGGUCCUUGGCAGGAAGAUCUCUCGCGAAACUCGAAACACUAAAGAAACGUCUCGUUGAUAUCAGCCCGAAUUCUUCAAACAUUGAUGUAGUUACGGCCGACGUAAAUGAUAAAUCUUCUCUACACGACAUUGUCAGAGAUGCAAAAGUUGUAAUCACAACCGUUGGUCCAUACACAAAGUACGGAACUCCUGUCGUAGAAGCUUGUGUUCAGAAUAAAACCGAUUAUGUCGACAUUACUGGGGAAACACCAUGGAUCAAAAAGAUUAUUGAACAAUUCCAUAUGACAGCAGAAAGUUGCGGUACGAUCUUGGUUCCCAGUUGUGGAUUUGACAGUGUUCCAAGUGACAUUGGCACUCUUAUGGUCGUUGAUUUCAUCAAGCAAAAGUGGGACAGGGAUACUGGAGAAGUAAAGGGUACGGUAAAAUGGCUUAAAGGUGGAAUCAGUGGUGGCACCAUCCAGAGUACAUUUGCUGUGCUAGAACAACCUUGGUCUGCUAUUGAGAUGUUCACAGAUCCAUACUUUUUAUCGCCAGUUACCGGUCAGCAAGGUUUUUCUCUUCCAUUAUGUUACGACUCUGACUUUGGAAAAUGGCAAGGACCACACUUUCUUGCAGCGAGUAAUGAAAGGCUGGUUCAACGCUCAUACGGGCUCAAGUCGAUUGCAGGCCAUUCAUAUGGGAAAUUUUUUUCUUAUCGCGAGUACUUUUCAUACCGUAAUAUCAUAACAGCCUUACUGGCGACAAUCAGCUGGUCAUUUGUAAGUAUGGCCUUGUUUAUACCUCCCUUGCGGUGGAUACUACAGAAAUAUGCACUACAACCAGGAAGUGGUCCAACCAAAGAACAAAUUGAGAAAGGAGGAUUUGAAUGCCAAUUCAUUGGAGAAGCGUGCAUUGAGCCUUACGAAAAGCCAUUGAAAGCAAUGGCAAAAGUGAAGGGAUUCAAAGAUCCCGGGUAUGGUGAGACCGCCAAAAUGGUUAGCGAAUGUGCUCUAGCACUUGUGUAUGAUCGUCAGCGUAUACCUGGUAAAGGAGGUAUUAUGACGCCAUCCACGGCAUUUGGUCACGUACUGGUUGAACGAUUAAAUGCUGCCGGAAUGGAACUGUCCGUGGAAGCGCUAACCAAGUCAAAGGACGAUUAG